CUUCUGACGGGCGACGGGUUUCACGCCGUCUGCAUACGGAAGCGCUGCUGGCCCCGCUGUAAACAGCCUCCUGCUGUAGGGGCGGGGGAGCGGCCGGUCGGGCGUCUGGCGGCCGCGGCGCAGGCUCCUCCAUGGAGCGAAGGGCCAGAGGGAAUCCCGAUCUCUGCUCUCGAACUGGCGGCUGUCCUAGGGGGCCAGUGCUACACAUCGUAGUGGUCGGUUUCCACCACAAAAAGGGCUGCCAGGUUGAGUUCUCCUAUCCUCCUCUAAUUCCUGGAGAAAGUCAUGAUAGUAAUAGUUUGCCAGAGGAAUGGAAAUACUUGCCUUUUCUUGCAUUGCCAGAUGGUGCUCACAACUAUCAAGAAGACACAGUGUUUUUCCAUUUGCCACCAAGAAGUGGAGAUCGAAGCACGAUAUAUGGGGUCUCUUGUUAUAGGCAAAUUGAAGCUAAGGCAUUGAAAGUACGGCAAGCAGACAUUACUCGAGAAACCGUACAGAAAAGUGUAUGUGUUCUAAGUCAGCUGCCUCUAUAUGGGCUACUCCAAGCUAAGUUGCAGCUAAUUACACAUGCCUACUUUGAAGAGAAAGACUUCUCACAAAUUUCAAUUCUUAAGGAACUUUAUGAACACAUGAAUAGCUCAUUGGGAGGGAGCUCACUGGAAGGGUCACAAGUUUAUCUUGGUCUGUCUCCACGAGAUCUUGUUCUUCAGUUUAGACACAAGGUUUUAAUUCUUUUUAAGCUGAUUCUUCUAGAAAAGAAGGUUCUGUUUUAUAUCUCUCCAGUUAAUCGGCUGGUGGGGGCACUAAUGACUGUCUUAUCACUAUUUCCUGGUAUGAUAGAACACGGUCUUACUGAUUGUUCACAGUACCGACCAAGAAAAAGCACAUCAGAGGAUUUUGGACAAGAAGUUCCACCUCCUUCCAGUUAUUGUGUUUCUUUGUCUGCUAUGGCACUUUCAAAUGCAAAUCUUGACACAGUUGGGGAAGGAGAAAAUUUGUCAGGAAACCAAGAAAGGGAUCCUCAGAGAGUGGAUGUGCCUUUAUUUCAAACUGAGCAUCAUCCCAGUGAAUGUCAUGUCUCCAGGGAUCCUGGACAGCACUUGAAACCUCCUUCACGCACUUCUCCAGAAUCUUCUGAAAGUGACUGGGAAACCUUAGAUCCUAAUCUCCUAGAGGACCCUAAUUUGCAAGAGGGAGAAUGUGAAAUUACUUCAGUAGCAGGACAGACUGAAUUUCUUCUGAAGGAAUCUGCAGUCUCCAAAAGCAUUCCAAUUACUGUUCAGCCUCAGCCUAACACUGGACAUGCAGUGCUUGUACCUGGACUUAUUUCUGGUUUGGAAGAGGAUCAGUAUGGCAUGCCAUUAGCUGUUUUCACUAAGGGAUACCUCUGCCUGCCAUACAUGGCACUGCAACAGCACCACCUUCUCUCUGAUGUAACAAUCCGCGGUUUUGUUGCAGGGGCCACCAAUAUCCUCUUCCGUCAGCAGAAACAUCUAAGUGAUGCUAUUGUAGAGAUUGAGGAAGCUCUUGUCCAAAUCCAUGAUCCAGAGCUUAGGAAGGUCUUAAAUCCUACAACAGCUGACCUGAGAUUUGCAGACUUCUUAGUGAAGCAUGUAACUGAUAACAGGGAUGAUGUCUUCCUGGAUGGCACUGGCUGGGAAGGAGGGGAUGAGUGGAUUCGAGCCCAGUUUGGGUCAUAUCUCCAUGCCCUACUUGCUGCUACAGUACAGCCAGAUAGUGAGAAAAUAUUGUCUGACUUUGGAACAGCCUUUGUAGCAGCUUGGAAGAAUACUCAUAAUUAUAGAGUGUGGAACAGUAAUAAACACCCAGCCCUCGCAGAAGUAAAUCCUAGUCAUCCAUUCCAGGGACAAUACUCUGUUUCUGAUGUAAAAUUAAGAUUAUCACACUCUGUUCAGAACAGUGAACGUGGUAAGAAGUUUGGAAAUGCCAUGGUUACUACCAGUCGAAAUGUUGUGCAGACAGGAAGAGCUGUUGGUCAGUCAGUUGGAGGAGCACUCACCAGUGCAAAAUCAGCAAUGUCUUCAUGGCUUUCUACUUUCACUCAGUCUACUCAAAGCCUUGGGGAAUAAUCAUUCUGGACCAAGCUCUUGCAUUUCUUUUAAGAAACCAAAAGGCUUUGCUCCAAAUGAACAGGCGCCUGAAUUCAAGCAGCAUGAAGAUGAAUGGCCAUUGAGCUGUACCACAGGAUAUAAUUUGGCAACUGCUUUAAUACUUCCUUGCUUUAUAUAUAAGCCUUGUUGUAGGACAUGGUUUAUUUUCCAAUGUAUUUUGGAGGGUGGUGAUUGAUGUCAAUUUAGCUGUAUUUUAAGUUAAAUUGUCUAGCAUUUUCUUAAAGAACUGAAUUAUAUUUCAGUAUGUAACACAAUAGUGGUAUAUGAAGGUAAUAUUUCAAGAUCUAAUGCAUAAAAAUGUAUUCAAAUGUGUGUAUUUGUAAAUCUAUCCAUCUUUCCCCUUGCAAGUCUAAUGUGCAGAAUUAAGUUGUUCAUUUCAAUAGAAUAUAUUUCCACAAACAUUAAAUUGUCUAGCAUUUUCUUAAAGAACUGAAUUAUAUUUCAGUAUGUAACACAAUAGUGGUAUAUGAAGGUAAUAUUUCAAGAUCUAAUGCAUAAAAAUGUAUUCAAAUGUGUGUAUUUGUAAAUCUAUCCAUCUUUCCCCUUGCAAGUCUAAUGUGCAGAAUUAAGUUGUUCAUUUCAAUAGAAUAUAUUUCCACAAACAUGUUGCAAAUGGAAGUAAUUCUAAGUGGGAUAAAAUGAAAUUAAUGGGAUUUAAAUUAGCAGACUUAAAAUACUCAAAGCCUCUUAAAAAGGCUAAAACAGCAUUUGGUAAUUUUGUAUCAUUUCAUCAUUUAGGUGACAACUAUUUCAGGAUUAGUUAAUUUUAAAACAAUUUCUCCAACUAUUUCCUUACCUGUCUGGGAAGCCGCUUGGAAGAAAAAAGUUAACUUUUCACUGUGUAGGUGAAACUACUGUUCUUUUGUUAAUUAGGAUGUACUGCAAUUUCAUGCUCUUUUUCUAUAUUUAAAAAUGUCUCAAUACCUAAAUAGUACCUACCUCUCUAGCAAUUCGGCUCCACUGCAAAGUCAGCAGUACUUUUUUUUUUCCACAGCUGCUAUAACAUUUUUAGUUCAGUGUGUGUUAGCAAAGAAUUUUUCUAUCUAUCUAUCUAUCUAUCUAUCUAUCUAUCUAUCUAUCUAUCUAUCUAUCUGUACACACACGUUUAUUUCAUUCUACCACGUUUUGAGAGAAAAGUGUGAUCUCAUUGAUGCCUAUGAGAACAUAACCUGGCUCAGUUUAGAGCAAUGACUUACCAAAAUGUUGUUUGUUUUUGGACCAUUUUUAUUUUGAAAUAGUCUCUUUGUCACAAUUGCUGAUUUUCCUUUUCGGACUUGAUGCAAUGGUAGGAGGAAUGCAUAGGUGGUUAACACAAAUAGAUUAUUUAUGAGAUUUCUAGACAACUGAAAAUUAAUAUUAGUAGUACUUAUUUCUUUCUCUGCUGCAGUUGGUCUAGCUUACUGUAGUCAGAGAUUCUCAUAUUCUCAAUUUAAGGGGAAAUGCAGUUGUAUCCUUCCAAAUAGUUUUUAUUUCAAAUAUAUUCCAAAUAUAAUAAGCAGUUAUAAGUAAUUUCCAUAACUUUCCUAUAAAGCAGGGAUGAGAAUGUCUGCUCCUCCAGAUGUUGCCAAAUUUGUACUUCCGGCAUUCCUUUCUAUUUGCUGUGCUGUGUCACAAUUCUGAUAUUAGAUUUUUAAUUGAUGUAACUGCUUUAAUGAUUGGCUACAUUAUCCGAGGCCAGUGGAAGUUCUGGUUAAAGCUCCAUCUUGAAAGCUUGUACUGUAAUAUUUUUCUUAUGAUAUAUAUUAGUUUAUGGCUACUGUAAAUAUCCACUUCUGUGUCAACUUUGUGAAAAUUAGUAGCCAGUUUUGGCACACCAAGUAUGCAUGUGUUACCUUCAUGAAAGUUGAUUAAAUAGAUUGUUUCAUAGGUACACUACUGCAUAAUGUGGUAAACGUCUACAAAGGACUGCAGGUUCCAUUUAAAAAAAGCUAAUUGUUCCUUCCAAACAUUUUGAUAACUGAAAUGUAGCCAAUAUCACGGUUUGUCAAACAAAGGUGUUCUGUUGGGCAUUAACUUGAGUAAGCACCUAAACUAUGGUUCCGUUCUAUAACUGUUAACAAUGCUUACAAAGGAUUUUUACCAUGAGAACUUGCUCUAAAGCUAUCAAUUCUGAACUGAAAUUACAGAUAGAUGGACAUGCUGUGCUAUUCACUGUAGUGUAAGUACACUGAAAGUACUUGUUCUAAUGAAUAAUUAAUUUUGAACAGAAAGGAGGAAUAUAAAUCAAAUACACUGGAGUUGCUUUUGAGUUUUAAAUUCUACCAUGACAUAAUACAACUUUGUUUUGAUUCCCUCAUUGGGAGCUGUUUGAUUAUACAUCCUGUUUAUACAGAAAGAUUACCAAAAUCUUUUGAAACAAGAAGUAGUAAUGGUUAAAACUGAUAUUCCACUAUGCAAGUAUUUAUAAUAUAUGCCAUCUUAAGUUACUUCACAAAGAAUUUAAGAAAAAAUAUUUAUUCGUUAUAUCAGUUAAACUAAAAAAUAUUUAAAGUCAUCAUUUAUCAGUAUCUGAUCCCUUAUGUAUAAUCUGGUGGUUAUAAAGAGGUAUUUCAGGUUCUGUGGAAGUAACCUGUGAACAAAUUGGGAUAGGAACACUGUGUUGCAUAAUUUUGUUGAAAAGUUUAAGGUAGUCCAAGAUAUCUCUUUAAUGGCUGCACUGAUAUUUCAAAACUACCUUGCUUCAGUGGUAUAUAAAAAAAAGCCAUUCAAAUUUAAUAUCAACAGUGUAUCUUUGUGUUCAAGCCAAUAACAACUUCUCCACUGGAGUUUGAGCCUUGGGUAGAGUUUUUUAAACUUUCUCAGUAGGAAGUGUAUAUUAAAAAGAUGCUUUGCUUAAAGUACUUCAGAGGAAGAAAGCACCGAAGUUUUAUUUUUACACACGCACACAAUCAGUCAAUCUACAGUAUAUUCCUGUAGUAUUGUCAUUCAUUGAUAAGGGGUCACAAAAAAUGUAGUUUACUCUUCCAAUUCCAUUUUUAAUUCCUUACUUUGAUCUUUUACUAUUACACAGAUCUUAAAACUAAAAUAAAACCUAAUCUAGGUGUCAGUUAGUGAUAGUCUUAUGGAAUGGUUUAUACCACAUGGAUCUUACUUUUGUUGUGGCACGGAAUGAGUCUGCAACUCAAAUACAUGAAAUUUUCACAUGACUAAAAUGAGAUGGUCUUUCAUGCCUUGUUCUACGGAACAGAAAAAUGUGAAAAUAAAACUCACAUGUAAAAGCAGUAAGUCUGUGCAAACAAUACACCUUGAAAUCCUGAGUUUCUGAAUACAUUAUUACUUCUACACAAAUAUGUUUAGGAUCAGGCUUAUGGUCUCUUGCUAUUUUAAAGUAUUUUUGUUUUAUGCACUGGGGCUUUCUACUGUGAAAUUAUAUAUUUGCAUUAUACACAACAUAUUGAUUUUAAUUUUUAAAACAUUUUUCAAGCAUUUGGAAAUGUGUAUCACAUUACAAAAUGAAAUAAGUUAUAAAUACUUAAACCUCUUAUCUAAUUUAGAAGUCAUUAGGAUCACAAAGUAGCUUCUGGACAUACAAAUUUAAUUAGGUGUCCAAUCAUGAGUUAACUGAAGUGAAAUGCAACAUAGCAGCAAAAAGUUGGAAGCAUUAUCAGUUCUAAAAGAGAAUUCUAAAUGUAUAUUUGAUGUACAAAGAAUAAGUUUGUGUUCAAGAGAGACUAUUAAUGCAUCUGUAUAUUUUAUCCUAAACAAAAUAAAAGUAAUCUUAUUUUUGUUUGAAGGUAUUUUGAAAACAUGUUAAUUGGAAAACAUACUGUAACCAAAUAUGGCACACGGAUUUCAGUACAAGCCUACAAUUAUUUUUGCUACGUGGAAACAUCAGGAGCAGACUUGACGUGAGCGAUGAUUAACAGCAAGUAAAAGCCUCUGAACUUGUAGAGUUUCAGAUCUGUCUUAUGCAGGCUACAAAAAAAUAGAAAAAAGUGAACAGCUAAAAUACUUUACACUUUAGUUUUGUUUUGUUUUUUUGGUAGUCUGGAAAACUCUAAUGCUCUUCUGUAGAUAUGGAUUUUAAUGACCAAAAAGUCCUUCGUUUUUUUCUAUUGAAUAUGUAUGAUGUUUUAAUUGUAGCUAUUGGCAAAUACUGCUUCUUAUUUUGCCCGUGCAAUAAGGAUUGAAAACACCAAGUCCACAAAGUGCUUUAAGUCUUACCUUAUCCUCUAGGUAACUUGGAAGAUGCCUGUUUUACUUCUGUUAUCUUUCCUUGCUGUUCUCUUGGUAGCUUACUCUACUACAGCCUUCUUACACUUGUUAUAGAGCAGUUUCAGGUACACCAACAUUUUUAAAAAACUGAUUUUUUUCCUGCUUUGCUGAACAAAGGAAAAAAGUGCAUUGCAAUCUUAGUCAGUUUCCAUAAAAAUAGUGAUCCUAGUUGUAUAUACUCCCUUUACAAGUUUAUGAAGACAAACAUUAGCCUCUAAAGCACAGGUAAGCCACAAAAAUAUCUGAAGGAUAUUUUAAUGGAUGUACCUAUGUUGAGUUUUUACAGCUUUGUUGUUUUACCUCAAAAUGGUAUGACACUCAGGUUUUAGCUAUCACAGUCAGAAGCCCUCGGGGUUGCAAAAAGGUAAGUUACCUGCAUACAACCAGAUCUUGCUCUAACAUAGGGUGUUUUGUUUUUUUUAAUCCCACGAUCCCUGAUCAAGAGGCAAAGCUCCAAUGAGAGAAAAUUAGCAGCAUUCAAGUGAACUUUUUCCCUUUUAAUCUCUCACAAACUUCUAUCAAGUUGUCACAGAGUCCUGUAGUUCUUUGGAACACAUUCUGGAAGUCCUGCUCAAAUGUAUCCCUGCUGAAUUAUCUUAUUCAAGAAUCUGAUUACUGAGUCACAGAAUUCUUAAUCUGUUCCUAUUCGUCACUGAAAAAAAAUGAUAAUUUUAAAUGAAGUGUGGGUUAACAAGUGAUUUUUAAAAAGUAAUUUAAAUAAAUUUGACAAAGUUUCAUUAUGAAUAUUGAGAAAGCAGUUGCACAUUUUAACUGAGUAGUUUCCUACAGGAUAUUAGAUGUUACAUAUAUUAAGUUUAACAUUUCAAUUUUUUUUCAUAUAUACCUCUCAUGAAUCUAAAUGAGUAUGCAAAAUAGCAUAAUCUCAACCCGUCCCUUUCCACAGAGAAUUAUGCAGGGACAAAAAAAUCAAAAAAAGCCCAAAUUAAAGAACAAAGGACACAGCAGCAUUUAAUACUGAAUAAAAUGCUUCUUAAAUGGAAUGAUAUUCUAAUCCAAUACCAGCAUGCUCAAGUAUAAGACACCUACUUUAUGUACAAGUUUCUGCAAUCAUUUGUUAUAACUUCUGCCAUUCCACCCUUGUGUUCUGUUUUCAUUUUCCAGGCUGCAAGCUUUAGUUUUAUUUGGCAGAUUUACAAACUGAAAAGCUCACAAAGUCUGUUCUAUGUUCAUGGAAAAUUAUGCUGUAAUUAAUGAGUGGUAUCUUUAAUCACAAGAUUCUGAAGGUUUUGCUACAACAGUCUACCCUAACCAAUUGGGCCAUUUCAAAAAAGAAAGUUUUUAAUAAGCUGUUGAAGAAUGAGUAAUUGAUUCAGAAAAAAGGGCAACAGGAAAGAUAAGUUCUAAAUGCUUCCUGUUCCAUUCUCAAUAUUGGCUGCUAUGUUUAUAUAAUAUCUACAAUUUUGGGCUGAAUGUCAAUCUCCUAGUUUGUAGAGACUUGGUAUUGACAAAAGGGGAUACUAAGGUCUAUUCCAAAGAUUAAAGAAAAUCUUACAGCUACUGACUAGAAUUAAAGCAAAAAGGUGUAAGGAAUCCUAGGAUGCAAAAAAGAAUUGGCUAGAGGCAAAUGGGAAAAUUCAGUAUACUGUUGGACUGUAUUUAUAUGAGUGUGGUUUUAUGGAAUAUUAAUAAGACUGAAUGCUACCUUUGAAGAUGACUUGUAUGAUAAACUAGCCUUAAUGAGCAUCUAGUUUGUCAUACUUAGAGUACUCUAUAAUUUGAUAAUAGUCUGCCAUAUGCUAACCUUUGUGCUCCCCUAUACCCCUAUACCCAUCUAAUGCUCCUACCCCUCUUUUUAGAUUCCUUUUGGAUAUAUACUUUCUAUUUUAUAUCUUUUAGCUUUUUAUUAUUAUUAUUUAGAUUCUGAUGUAUUUUCUAUGCUUUUUAAUUGACUGCAUCCCACCCUCAUCAUGCUAGUAUUUGACCGUAAAUAAAUUAAAAUGAAAUGAAAUGAAGAAGCCCUAUGUGUAAAGACCUGCAUGGUCUUUAACAUAUAGGGCUUUUACCAUAUUUUAUUGUUCUUUUGACUUCAAGCAUUUCUUGUUUAUAUUUGAAAUUAAGUAGUGAAAAAAAAAUAGAACUCUUGCAUUUCCUAUUUUUUCAGAUUUUCUGAACAGCUGAAGCUACCGAGUAUUAAUGUAUUAGACAUCAAUUACAAAAGUAUGUUAUUUCAAUCAUACUUCAAUGACUCCAUAUAAAUACACAGACUUGUGGGAAAAAAAGAACAAACUGAUUCAUUUUUAAUAAAUUAAUAUCAUUCAAAAUACAGUGCCAGAACAUGAUGCAGCUGAACAUGCUAGUAUGAUCCAUCAUGAAGCACCUGUGCUCAUGUGAGAUUGGCGGUGCUCUGCUACUGCUAGUGGUUCCUGGGAUUAAUGCCAGAGCAGCACCAGACAACUGCUCUUCUGCACAAAGUAUUCCUGAACAAAGUUUCUCUCCCCCAACCCCAGAGGAAAAAAAAAAAAAGACAAACAGUGUAAGGAUAUCUAU